AUGAACAUAAUUGACCGGUGCUGGCGGCGCCAUCCAAACUGGUCCUCCAACCGACAGCGGCUCGCCAAGUGCUCGGUGGGGUUCGCCGGCAAGAUGCUGCGGAACAGGGGCCGUGAAUUGACAUGGUACACCGUCACCGACCCGGGCGAUGACCCUCCAAACCCUCGACCUGGCACCUUGCGAUAUGGCGCCACGAUGCUUCGAGGCAAAGUAUGGAUCACCUUCCAGAGAGACAUGCAAAUCAAGCUCCUGCAACCGCUCAUUGUCAAGAGCUCGACCACCAUCGAUGGGCGUGGUGCCGACGUCCACAUUGCGCAUGGUGCUGGCUUCUUGAUUUAUAAGGUGAAAAAUGUGAUUAUUCAUGGGCUCCAAUUUCACCACAUACACCCACAACCAGCUUGCUUAACAAGAGAUCCAGAAGGUAGUCUGGUUAACUUGGGAGCAGAUGGAGACGCCAUUCGGAUCGCAGCCUCGAGGAAGAUCUGGAUCGAUCACAACUCAGUCUAUGAGUGCCAGGAUGGGCUCAUGGACGUGACACUGGGUUCGACGGCGAUCACCAUCUCGAACAACUGGUUCCGGGACCAUGACAAGGUGAUGCUACUAGGCCAUGAUGAUGGCUUCUCAUUGGACAAGAACAUGAAGGUGACCGUUGCGUUCAACCGCUUUGGUCCCAACUGCAACCAACGCAUGCCGAGGAUAAGACAUGGAUAUGCUCAUGUGGUGAACAACGUGUAUGAUGGAUGGGGAGAGUACGCCAUUGGUGGAAGCAUGAAUGCUAGUGUACUAAGCGAAGGGAAUUUAUUCAUAGCAUCAGAGAAGAAGAAGGUGAGCCAGUGCAAUCUUAGAACACUUUCUUGGAGAUUUAUGUUUUUAGUUGGUUGUGUUGAUGGGAAUGGACAUGGGAUAUUUCAGGCGACAUUGAGAAUGCCUGGUAAAGGAGCAAAUGCAUGGAAUUGGAGGUCGGAGAAUGAUGGCUUCAACAAUGGAGCUUUCUUUAAGGAAGUUGGGGUGGUGAAGGCUCGGCCGGGGUACAGGAAGCACCGGAGUGUUCCGGUUGGGAACGUUGGGGAAGUGAGGUCUUUGACGAGGUAUGCAGGUGCUCUCCAUUGCUUGGUAGGGUCUUUGUGCUGAUGAUGGAAGCCAUGAAGGGAAGUGGACGAAUUUGGCUGCAGCAGCUGUUGUUAUACAUGAUAAUUGCCGUUGCCUCUUGUGUCUAUGAGUGGAUUAGAUGUCAAAUAAAAUGUAAUCUAGAUAUAUAUAU